CAACAGUUUAAAAGGAUGGAAAAAAGACACAUUUCCAAACAGUCUACAUUUAGGAUUCAAGGUCUUAAUUUGCAGUUUGAAAUGCUCAGGGAAGCCUGCUGGAAUCCAGUCCUCUCAUCCCUCCCUGUUCUUUGUGUUUCCUUCCCCCCUUUCCAGGCGGAGAGGGCGCCUCAACAGCCCCGGGAAAGUUUCCAGAAGCCGCGGGACUCUCCGGCCGAAGUACUCAGAAGACAGCAAGAUGGAGGCUUUUUUAAAGGGACGCCUUAUCCAAGUUAUCCCUUCUUGAUGAUUCCAGAGUUGGGAAGCCCCUAUUUGCCAAGUGGAGCUUUGUCUCCAAGUGGUGCGCGCACAUAUCUGCAAGUGAAAUGGCCUCUCCUUGAUGUACCAGCAGGAGCUACACUAAAAGAUGCAAGGUCUCCCUCUCCUGCACACUUAUCAAAUAAAGUUCCUGUGGUGCAACAUGCACAUCACAUGCAUCCACUGACACCACUCAUCACCUACAGCAAUGACCACUUCUCACCAGGUUCACCACCUUCCCACCUCUCCCCAGAGAUUGACCCAAAGACAGGGAUUCCCCGACCACCUCAUCCUUCAGAACUGUCUCCUUAUUACCCAUUGUCUCCUGGUGCCAUUGGGCAAAUUCCUCAUCCAUUGGGGUGGCUCGUACCACAGCAAGGACAACCAGUGUAUUCCAUUCCUCCAGGUGGGUUCAGACAUCCAUAUCCUGCCUUGGCUAUGAAUGCUUCAAUGUCCAGCUUGAUGUCUAGCAGAUUUUCUCCUCAUAUGGUUCCUCCACCUGCUCAUGGACUUCAUCCCUCAGGAAUCCCACACCCCACCAUUGUGUCACCCAUUGUUAAACAAGAGCCCAUACAACCCAGCAUGAGUCCUGAAGGGAGCUCAAAAACACCUGUUGUUGUCAAGAAGGAGGAGGAGAAGAAACCUCAUAUUAAAAAACCGCUGAAUGCAUUCAUGUUGUACAUGAAGGAGAUGCGGGCCAAGGUGGUGGCAGAGUGUACACUGAAGGAGAGUGCAGCUAUCAACCAGAUCCUAGGAAGAAGGUGGCAUUCAUUGUCCCGUGAAGAACAAGCCAAGUACUAUGAGCUAGCCAGAAAGGAACGACAGCUUCAUUCUCAGCUCUACCCUACCUGGUCUGCAAGAGAUAACUAUGGUAAGAAAAAGAAGAGAAAAAGAGAGAAACAACCUCAGCAACAAAUCCAGGAAACAGGGAAUUCUGUGGCUGUGAAGAGUAAAAAGCCUUGUGUGACAUACCUGCCAGCUGAGAAAUCCUGCGACAGCCCUGCCUCCUCUCAUGGCAGCAUGUUGGAUUCUCCAGCCACCCCGUCCACAGCUUUGGCAUCGCCUGCAGCCCCUGCUGCCACCCAUUCUGAACAGGCUCAGCCCCUCUCUCUGACCACCAAGCCUGAAGCCAGGGCCCAGCUGUCUCUGCACUCAGCUUCUUUCUUGUCCAGCAAGGCUGCCUCCUCUUCCUCUAGCUUGACCAGCCAGUCUGCACUCCUCUCCAGGCCGCUCCCAUUCACCUCCAUGCCUCCAACAGCUCUCCUAAGCACACCUCCUUCCUUUACAGCCAUUCCUUCUCCUCAGGCUGCCUUGGCUAUGUUGCAGGCCCAGCCGCUCUCCUUGGUAACCAAACCAGCCGAAUGAGGAAGACUCCCCAUCUUGCUUCCCUGCUGAUGCCACAAUUGAGAUUACAAAGCCAACAAAGCCAUUUAUUGGUCAAUAUUUGACCCUUUCUGAACUCUUCCGUAAGGUGACUCUUGAGGAAGAAAGUGCUCUACUCUCAGAGUUGUUUUCAGUAGUCUGUCUAAAGACCUUUUUAUUUUUUAAAAAAAUAAAAACAAAAAAUUUCCAUGACUUUUUUUUACAAAACGCUGAACAUGAUGAAAACAAAGGAAGGCAAGCCAACUCUUGUGUUCCUGUCAGUGCCCAUUGGGGGUGUAGACUUGUACAGAACGAUCAUCUCUCAAUGACGUUUGCAUGUUUUGUUAUAUUUCUAACUUUUGCUAUUCCCCAUUUCCUUGGCAAGACAGUGUUUUUAUUUUAUGCUCCUUACUCCAGUCUGCAGCUCCAUCAUUUUUGCAAGAGACUUCUAAUUAGAAGACACAGUACCAUACAAAUAUAAGUGCCUCACUGUCACAUUCAGAGCUGCCCAGCCUUGGGAGGCCCAGAUACUUCUCCUGUAAUCUGGAGUGAAUACCCAGGAAAAUGGCAGGACAAUCCACCCUAUUUCCUUACAGAAUUAUUUUGUUUAGCAGGAAGUAGGGGGAAAGGCCUUGGGGAAUUGCCUGUUAUUUUAACGAAGGAAAAUAAAUUUUCAUCUUAA